GUCUUCUAAGCUGAAUUACGUGCGCGUUCUCAAGUGAGCUCGUCGGAACAAGUAGAGGACGAAGAGGCUUCACCGAGUGCUUUGCUUCAAACCGUCUUUGCCUCUGGAAACAGGCCCGAUAUUUACACUGUUACGUAUUUAAAAACAUCCAGCCAUGAGAAGGAAGCUGUUUGGCGUAAUUCUCGCCGUUUGUAUCGGUUGGUUUCAAGCCGAGGCUCUGACAGCGGGCUUCAUAAAAUCGCCCUUAUCUCAGAUGAAACUCAUAGAAGACAGUGCUGAGCUGGAUUGCGAGGUCAUAGGGAACCCCAUCCCCGAAGUUCAGUGGUGGUUCAUUGAGGGUGAAGAGCCGAUUGAAACGGUCACUCAGCUGUUUGACGGUGCAAAAGAGGAUCGCGUACGCAUCAAUGCCACCUAUAUCAACCACGCCACCAGCACGCUCAUCCUCACCAACCUAACUCUCAACGACACGGGUGUUUACGAGUGCCGUGCUUCCAACGACCCUGACCGCAAUGACCUCAGGACCCCACCCAAAGUCAAGUGGAUUCGCUCGCAAGCGAACGUUAUAGUGUUUGAACAUCCAGUCAUCACGACCAAACCAGAGGUGGUGAGCGACCAGAACCAGACCUCUGCAACACUCAGCUGCAACCUUACCAACACUUCUUUUAUGGUCAAAGGCUACUAUUGGACCCAUAAUGGCAAGACCAUUGAAAAAUCAGAGUCAACCCCUGGAAAAUAUUUCAUUGAACACAUAAUUAAAAAGAUUGAUUACCACUCUGCUGGAAUAUAUGCAUGUGUCUUCCAAACAGAACCUGAGGUUAAUGCUACUAUUGAAGUUAAAGUUGUCCCAUAUGUAGGGGCCUACAAACACUCUGAAAAUGCUAAUGAGAAAGACAAAGCUGUCCUAACAUGUGUGAGCCAUGGAUACCCCCUGCCUACUGACUGGAGUUGGUAUAAGCUCGGUGAAAAUGAAAACGAAAAGACACCCAUUGUCAAUGGCACUGUUGACAAGUAUGAGAUCAAGAACACCCCCAACAAGACCUCGCUGUACGUGAAAGACCUGGACAUCAACGAGGACAUGGGCAUGUACCAGUGCCAGGGCACCAAUGAAAUGGGAUCAGCCAGUGAUAAGAUUCAGCUGCGUGUGCGUAGCCAGCUGGCCGCCCUUUGGCCAUUCCUCGGCAUUGUCGCUGAGGUCAUUAUUCUCAUCACCAUCAUCUUCAUCUAUGAGAAGAGGAGAAAGCCAGACGAGAUCAGUGACGAUGAUGACUCAGGAUCUGCACCACUGAAGAGCAAUGCCGCUACAAACCACAAAGACAAAAAUGUCCGGCAAAGGAACUCCAACUGAGAAGGACGAAAAGGUGUUCUUAUGACUACUGUCGAAGAGAUGGAGAAUUAAGUUGCUGAGUACAUUAUAACGUUGUAGUGCAUCCUGCGCGUUCUUAACCUUCUGCUUGAGUGUAAACGUCUUGAGAUGAUAAUUGGUCUCCUUUUACUUUUAUUCCUAUUCAUUUUGUGCUGCCAGCUGAUGUUUUUAAAAUAGUUUUUUUUUUGGGGGGGGGGGGGGGGGGGGUAACUGCAUGAUUGUAGUCUUGCUGUAGAAGUGUGUGUUUAGUGAAUCUCUUAAUGUGGGAAGGAAUUUUUUUCUUUCACUGUUUCCAAAACAUCUACCGAGUGUAAUUGAAUCACUGUUCAGCCGCAUGAAACUUUAACCAUGUUUAAUGUAUAGAAAUAGAGAGCUGAAUCAGGUUUCUAU